GUUUCCGAAAAAAAGUGAAACAGGACCUUCGUUGCCGACCAGAGCGUCAGUGGGGGGGGGGCGUGGGGGAGUUAGAUAAGGAGAACAGCUUAAGAUGAACGGUUGUUCACUUGGUAUAAAAGAGAAGAUGUUUGUUCAAAUUAGUUAUAAAUUUUGAUACUUAAUUAAGGAGUUCUUUUUAUUUCGUAACGUGAUAACAUUGUGGUAGACAUCAGUGACUUAGAGGUGAGUACAUAACAGCUUGUUUAAUUAUGGUCAUCAGGGGUGGACUGGGGAGUUCAAGCGGCCCACCAGGGAUGGACUGGGGAGUUCAAGCGGCCCGGGAAAAAAUCAAAAAGCGGCCCUAUCUUCAUGACUUUUAUCUGUAUUAUAUCACCGGUCCUACCGGCCCAUCGGGAAUCUUCCCGGUGUCCCGGCGGCCAAGUCCACCCUUGAUGGUCAUUGUUAAGAUUCGUUAUAAAUAAAAUAUAAUUAAUGUUAAGUGUUGGGUUUACAUUCUUCUGUGCACUUAUUUCCUCUAAUUUGAGACGAUUCAUGACAGAAAAUAUUUGAUUAUAACCCGUUUAAAACUAAUUUGAGAAUGUUUCGUAUUGUUUUUCAACAGAAAUACAGAUGACCUAGAUUAUGUGUAAUUGUUUAAAGGAAAUGUAAAGGGAAAUCUAAGUUUUGAAAAAAUAAAUGUAAAAUUUAAAAAAAAAUUACCUUAACUAUUUCAUAAUUUUCGACAAUCAUUUUUUAAUAUUGAAUUUGAAAAAUGAAAGUUAAAUCCUUCUAAAAUUGUUACUUCUUUGCAUCAUAUUUCUUUCUAUUUAAAAAAAAAAUAAUAAUCUAAUUACUGACUGAUUCGUGUUAUUACGUUAACACAAAUUUAAUGUUACUGUUUUAUGUUAAAUCAUUCGCCCAGAUGUCCGACAAAGAACAGAGACAGACAAAUUCCUUAAGUCUGCAGUUGAAACUAUUAAAAAGUCAGAGGGCACAGCUGCAGUCAGUUGUUGACUAUAUCAACAGUGUAAGAAAGUUGAAAAAAUGAGAGUUUUAGUGCUUACCAGACUCACAUGAUUAGGCCGUACAUAUUUGAAAAAAAAUAUAUUAAAAUCCUUCCAUCAUAACUUUUCAUAGAGCAAAAUAAAUGUUAUUUACUUUAUUUAUGUCACAUUUUGAAAAAAUUAUAUUUAUUACACAUUUUAAUUGCUCCAUAUAUUUAUGUAUAUUCAGAUGUAACAUAUAGACUAAAUGUUUUUUAAAUAAAAACCUUUAAUAAAUGAAUUAACAGCUUUAACAAGACAUAAUUCCCAGACUUAAAACAUCAGAGUAUUGAGUUAUCUUUUCUUGUAUUAAAAUGAUGAAGAAAAUUCUUUCUCUCAUCCGUAAUAGACGUAUACGUCUAUUUCUCUCUUUAUAUUUCUUAUUUAUGAUGUUUGAGCUCGAUUGUAUCGGCCGCAACAUAGGGAAUAUUUCCCAACUCUUUCGGUUUCUCUUAAGAAAAACUUUUUAAAAUUCUUUUUUAUAAAAAUUUCGAAAUUAUUUACGACUCAGUUCUUUAAAAAAAAACAAAUUCUUUUAAUAAUACUCACAUCCCCAAAUUCAAUUAAGGAAUGCAAACAUCCACGUCGAUUAAAAUCUGACCGUCUCUUCAUUUAAGGUGUUAGCCGACAGUGAACAGUGGAAGUCAUCAGGAGACGAGAGCCAAGCUGACGUGAAGGAGAUGAGCCGAAACAUUGAACAAGCGUCCGAGUUUGUUGCACAAAAAUGCUUGGAAGUAUCGGGUAAGUCGUAAAGUAAUUAAAAGAACUUCUACAAACUUUGCAGCUCAUGACAUUUUUUUUUUUUUUAAAAUUGAUGUUUCAGGUGAGUUCGUCAGAAUGUGAAGAGAUUUUACAUUUGUAAUACAAUAAGUUGAUUUUAACCAAUAAAAGUUAAUACGAGGCAACAUUUAUUUGGAAAAUCGUGGCGCGAAUUGUUGAAGAUAAAAUAUAGAGCAUGAUGGCAGCAACUCUAGCGAGAGCGAAGAAAUUUAAUAAAUAUGACAUAAUUUACAUUUAUUUAGUUUUGUACGUGAAUUUAAAAAGGUAAGUUCCAUUAACCUUCACUACAAUAGCAAAAUCAUUUGUUGAUUAUUUUACCGAAACUAUUAAAAUUUGACAUCUUCAGGCAAUGGCGUGAUACAGGGUAUACUGGACAGGCUUGCUGCUCUUGAAGAAACGAUUUCAUGUCAAGAAAAUAUUCCAGGGUCCAAAGUGGAUUUUUUACAGGGUAACGGUGUAAACCUACAAAAGCGGACAGGCAACAAUGGUCAUCGAAACUUCUUUCAUGACAAACCCAGCUUUGAUCUAGUCUUUAAAAUUCAAGAGGAAACAGGACCAACCCUAGCAAUCGACCUGGAAAGGCAGAACCAAGAUGUCAAUCAGCCGGACUUACUGGUCAGUCAAAUGGGUCAGUUCAUCCACCAACUAAAAUCCCAGGUCGAUAAUGUAACCACCACUCUAACGUCAUUGAAUGAGAUGACUCUAGGUCUCUCUAAGUCCGUUAAAGACUCGGAGGAAACGCUGGAGUCAGUCACUAAAAGAACUUUAGAUCUAGAAGAGUCUCUGUAUGGUUCUCAAGUUAAUUAUCGACAUGGACCUAAAGCGAGCCAGCAAAUUGACCCAAGCAGAGACACCAAAUACUCACGUUAUGAUGAAAUUGUUAAAGAUUUAUCAUUGAAGGUACUACUUGUAAAGAAAAUAUAGUAAAAUGGAUGUGAUUAGUAGAACAAGGCAUAUGUGGAAGCUUGAAUUAAAAUACUGGAAAAUAAGAUAACAACGUUUUGGCUUAGAGACUUCCUCGGCAGGCAGGACAAACUUCCAAAUACCUUGUUCUACUAUUUCCUUCACAAAGUUGGAAUGCAGUCCAAUGUUUAUUUUUGGUAAAAUGCGUAUAGACAAAUGUUUAAUGUAUUUUAAAGUGUCGCAUAGAGCUAGUUAGCAAUAUUAUAUUUUAAGAUUACACAAGGCCGUAAAACCCUUAAAUUACUUUUCUGAUCAUAGUCUUUAAGACUCGAUGGAAGGGAUUUUGAGUUGGUGGGAUGGGUAACUUGGUUAAAGUGUAACUUAAUUUAUCAACUUCCUAAAAAAGUGUAGCUUAAAUUUAAACGAACUUAGAACUUUUAUUUUUCCUAUUAUUUUUUUAGACAUCACCCAAAACAAUGGUUUUAGAAGAUCCAAUGAUAUAGUUGUGCAGUUAAGAACAUCCAGUUUUAGAAACUUCAAAAAAAAAAUGGGGAAAGACAAAAAUAUCAGUCUAUGCACUUGCAGAAUAAGUACAGCUGAUGCCGAUUUGAAAUGGUUUACACCUCAAACAAUAUGAAAUAAUGCAUACCACAAACAACCUGAAAUCGUGUACACCAAAAUCUAUCUGAAUAUGUGUACGCUAAAAUUUAUCUCAAAUAGUGUACAUCACCAACAAUCUGAAACGGUAUUUAAACCACAAACAAUUUGAAAGAGUUUAGGCAAAAAUAUAUCUCAAAUAGUGUAUAUUAUCAACACUAUGAAAUAGUGUACAACUCAAAUAAUCUGAAAUGGUGUACACAUCAAACAAUCUAAAAAGGUGUACACCAUAAACGAUCUGAAAUGAUGAACAUCACAAACAAACUGAAAAUGUUAACUUGUUUUUAAACAAAAUAGAAUUCCAGACCAUUUUCUUCUAUAUUUCCAGUUUGAGAUUCUGUCCAGUCAAGUGCAAGGAAUUACAAGAUUGACGGUGAACGGGGGUAUGUAAUAAAACCAUAGAUUAAAUAAUGCUUUUUUAAAUCGUGUAGCAAUGGAAACCUGUACAAUGCCUCUUAGAUGUAUCAAGGAGAUACAAACAAUUUGUGGAAAUAAAACAAUAUAAGUUAAAUUUUAAUCAUGGUAACACGGAAUACAACAUUGUAAACGUUUUAUCAAAUGCAUUCAUAACAGUACAAUACAAAAGUCGCAUUGUUAGUAUAAAUUUUAAAUCACAAUAUACCUACAUUAUGUAUCUAUUUUUAAUUCCCAACAUAAAAAGAAUGAAAGAAAAGAAUAAUAGUGCACACAAGUCUCUCACAGAAAGCAAAGCUCAAAAGAGCGGAAAGGAAGUGGGUGGAAGUAAAAUUUAAAACGCCAAAAGAAUAAUACACAAAAUCAUUACACAUAAUAUGUCAAAUUAUGAAUUCUUAGUUUUAUUAUACCCCAGUAUCGUUUUGAGACGGGUUGGAUGACAUAUAAUUAUUUGAAAGAGAAAAUGCCAAGAUUUCUUUUGGUAUUGGACCAGUCCUUUGACACGCUAACAGAAAUGCAACCCUCCCCUAGGCUGCAGAUUAAAAAAAAUGGAUGUGUCUCAAAAUUUCUUCCGAAGUCCUGAAUAUUUUUGGAGUUCUUGUUUAAUCUCCCAAAACGCACAACUUCAAUAGAUGGGGAGGGAGGAUGAGGUAUUUAUGUGCACCUCAUAUGUUAUGUGUUGUAUGUUGCUUCUUUUUAUGAGUGAAGGGUGGCGUAGUCAAGUACCGCCACACGCUUUAAAAACUCCAUCUACUCCACAUAUUCAAACUCUUUGAUAUGCCUUGAGCGACUGAAUGUCAGAGCCUUAGAUGAACACUUUUAUUUUUCAUGACUGGACUUCUGUAUGGCAGAGCCUUAGAUAAACUUGAUGUAAUAUCUAGACAACUGAAUACCAGAACCUUAGAUAAACAUGAUUUCUUAUUUAUACUACUGAAUGUCAGAGCCUUCGAUUAACACGAUGUCAUAUUUUCUUUAAACUUUACAGAAGAUCCCACUGCGAACAGUCGACCAGCCUUCUCGGCUUUCAUCUGUAGCUACUCUCCGGCGGAACAAGGCGCGAACAUCAGAAGUUUCACCGACGUAAGGUGUAACUUUGGGGGGCAUUUCAACGCAUCCACGAGUGAGUUCACGGCCCCGGUGUCCGGCGUCUACGCCGUCAGCAUGACCUUAUGUUUGCUUAAAGACGGUCGGGUCAAGGUCAACGUGGUCAACACGACGGCGGAUGGUUUGCGCGAGAAGAAGGUGUGCGAGGCUUACACCUGUGGCGCUAACGUCAGCUCCACCAGCUUCGGGGUGGCAGAGAUGAAGGCGGGAAGCAGGCUGUCGGUCAAGUUGGUGUUCUCGACAGGAACAUCACUACUGUCAGAUUUUUCUAGCUUUUCUUGCUUUAGGAUUGGAUGAAAAGUAACUCCAAAAGAUGGAACUAUUAUUUCUCUAUCUAUUUAUUUAUUAAAAAUACAAAGUGUUGUUAAAUUUUUAAUUUUUUAAAAUAUUAUUUGUAAGAAAAACUCUAUUUUAAGUUAUCUCUCUCCAAAACUAAAUAUUAUUUGUAAGAAAAACUCUAUUUUAAGUUCUCUCUCUCCAAAACUAAAUAUUAUUUGUAAGAAAAACUCUAUUUUAAGUUAUCUCUCUCCAAAACUAAAUAUUAUUUGUAAGAAAAAUUAUAUUUUAAGUUAUCUCUCUCCAAAACUAAAUAUUAUUUGUAAGAAAAACUCUAUUUUAAGUUCUCUCUCUCUAAAACUAAAUAUUAUUUGUAAGAAAAACUCUAUUUUAAGUUAUCUCUCUCCAAAACUAAAUAUUAUUUGUAAGAAAAACUCUAUUUUAAGUUCUCUCUCUCCAAAACUAAAUAUUAUUUGUAAGAAAAACUCUAUUUUAAGUUAUCUCUCUCCAAAACUAAAUAUUAUUUGUAAGAAAAACUCUAUUUUAAGUUAUCUCUCUCCAAAACUAAAUAUUAUUUGUAAGAAAAAUUAUAUUUUAAGUUAUCUCUCUCCAAAACUAAAUAUUAUUUGUAAGAAAAACUCUAUUUUAAGUUCUCUCUCUCUAAAACUAAAUAUUAUUUGUAAGAAAAACUCUAUUUUAAGUUAUCUCUCUCCAAAACUAAAUAUUAUUUGUAAGAAAAACUCUAUUUUAAGUUAUCUCUCUCCAAAACUAAAUAUUAUUUGGCCUUAACCUUUGAAUUUGCAUUUAAAGAUUGUAAAAUUCUAAUAAUAAUCCAAGUGUUAUUUGGUGGGAUGAAAUUCCAAAAUAAAAACAACUAAAUUUUACCGUAUAAUUUGGUUUUAAAUGGGACUUGUUAUUUUACAAAAUAUAUAAGUUAUUGGCAAUAAAUCUGAAUAUCUUAUAAUUGAAUGUUUGCCUUGUAAGAGAAUGUUUCGUCUUAAAGGUGAGUGUUUCCAUACUGAGCUAUAAAGCUGUUUGUUGUGACCAUCAGAGUUUGUCACGCAGUUUAAAAACCAAACAAAAAUGUUUGAUCCACUAAUCGCCAUGCAUUGUGUAAGUGAACAGGUCAGAUGAGUCCCAUAAUGUCGACAUCUGGUAUGACAGAACAACCUAUCGACUUAGUGACAGUGACACUGAUGAUUUCAACCUGGUGUCGAAGGACAUUGUAUUACGCCAGUAAAACUUUUGUCUAAAUGAAGCGUGGAUGUUUCAAAAGGAUACC